AUGACGUUACGUCGUGUGGGGACGGUGAGGUGGGAAAGGAAGUUUGGUGCUGUUUACGCGAAGAGUCUGGUUGGUGUUCCACGCGUGGAACUGUACAAAGACGAAAAGGAUUAUGACCGCGGCAAAAACGUCAAGUACCUGCUACUGCAGAACUGCAUUACAGUCAGACUGGUUCACAAAAUCAAAAAGGACGAGUACUUUCUGAAACUGCAAAUGAAGGACAUCCAAUUCAGUCUCAUGAGUGACUUUCCUGAAAAUCUGAAGUUGUGGCAGAAUGCCAUUUGUCUGGCAGCAUUUCAACAGUCAUCGUAUGACGUUUCGCCGUCUUCAGAAAAUUAUCCUCCAAGCGUUUCCUCAGUCUUUCAAUCGAAAUCAGAAUGUGAUUCAUCUACAGUGCCGGAAGAAUCAUGUGGUACAAACUAUGAUGUGCCUUGGGACGUACGCGGAACAAAGGUUUCCAUCAUUACGACAGUAGGCUCUGAGCAGCUGUUCACUCUUCACAAUGCGUACUUUAUUAACACCGGCAAAGAUGCGUUGUGUAUAUCUCCGGAAGACAGACUCGCUGGGGACAAAAUUUGCUUCGAAUAUUCUACCAUUGACUGGUAA